UCCCAGCAGCCCCCGCGCCGUUUCCGUGGCGACGGUGUCAAACAACCACGCCCUCCGAGGCAAGGAGCUUUAAGCAUGGCCGGGCGUCGCGGGUCCGGGACCAGGAAAGGAGUUUUAUAGCUGCUUUUAGACAUCAUCUGUGGAUUUUCCAUAUUUCUGGCAUCAGUAAACACUUCCUGCCCGACUCUCGACCAUUAACCGGGAAGCCUGACUGUUUCUGUGAAAGAACAAGUGAGCUUUACCUUGGAGCAAUGCUGAAAUUUCAAGAGACUGCUAAGUGCCUGAGUGGUUCUACAGCCAUUUCCAAGUGUCCAACUACCUUGAUCGCAAGAAGAUAUGUUCUUCAGCAGAAACUUGGCAGUGGAAGUUUUGGAACUGUCUAUCUGGUGUCAGACAAGAAAGCCAAACAGGGAGAGGAACUAAAGGCACUCAAGGAAAUCUCUGUUGGAGAAUUAAAUCCGAAUGAAACUUUUCAGGCCAAUGUGGAAGCCCAGCUCCUUUCUAAGCUAAAUCAUCCAGCCAUUGUCAAGUUCCAUGCAAGCUUCGUGGAGCAGAACAAUUUUUGCAUUAUCACAGAAUACUGUGAGGGCCGAGAUCUGGACUAUAAAAUUCAGGAAUAUAAAGAAGCUGGGAAAAUCUUUCCUGAAAACCAGAUAGUAGAAUGGUUUAUCCAGUUGUUGCUUGGAGUUGAUUAUAUGCAUGAGAGGAGGAUACUCCAUCGCGACUUGAAAUCAAAGAAUAUCUUUCUGAAAAAUAAUCAACUUAAAAUCGGGGAUUUUGGAGUUUCUCGACUGCUGAUGGGAUCGUGUGAGCUGGCUACAACUUUGACUGGGACUCCCUAUUACAUGAGUCCUGAGGCCCUGAAGCACCAAGGCUAUGAUGCCAAGUCUGACAUCUGGUCACUGGCAUGCAUUUUAUAUGAGAUGUGUUGCAUGGAUCAUGCAUUUGCUGGUUCCAGUUUCUUGUCUGUAGUUUUAAAUAUUGUUGAAGGCGACACACCUUCACUUCCUGAGAGAUACCCACAAGAACUAAACACCAUCAUGGAACGCAUGUUGAACAAGAGUCCUUCACUGAGACCAUCUGCUGUAGAAGUUCUAAAAGUCCCUUACAUUGACGAGCAGCUUCAGCACCUGAUGUGUAAAUAUUCAGAAAUGACGCUGGGAGACAAGAACUCGGUUUGUCAGAAGGAUGCUGUUCAUAUAAUUAAUGCCAUAAAGAUUGUGGAAGAAAAAUAUAAAGAAAAUAACAAAUGGAUGCAGGAAUCGAGAUCCCAGAAUUUUGAACAUCCGAGCGUCAAUGUGCCCCAUGAAUUAGAUGAACGGACUUCAGAGAACCUGCCUGAGCCUCAUUCUCUUCCUUCCCUGGACCUCGAUGAAGUUGAACCAAGUUUGGAUGACACCAUAGUUGGCCUUGGACAUUAUGCUGUGGUGCUUUUCUCCACGGAUAAUGAUGACUCAGCCUACGCAUCAGCUAGACACCUGCCCCUGAGAGAUGUCAGAAGCACCUGGAGAACUCUGCAGUCUACUAGGAUCCCAGAAGACCCACUUGUUGCUGAAGAGUAUUAUGCUGAUGUAUUUGAUUCCUGUUCUGAGGAGAGUGAGGAACAGGAGGAAGAAAUGGUGUUCUCAGGAGCAGAGCCAGAAAUGAGGGACAGAGGAGCCCCGCCUGCUUACAGAGCAAACCAACAGGACAGUGAUAUUGAAGCCCUGGUUGGGUGUUUGGAAAACGUCCUGGGUUGUACCUCUCAAGGUGUGUCACACUGACAAUGGAGAUUAUCCAUCACAGUGUAUGUGAUGUGGUAUAUGAAUACACAUGUGUGUGAGGUCAGAAGAGGAUGUCAGGUACCUUGCACUAUCAACCUUUGCCUUAUUCCUUUGAGCCAGGGUCUCUCACUAAAUCUCCAUCUGGGCUGGCAACCAGCAAGCCCCCAACAAUUCUCCUGUCUCUUACCCCGAGAGCUGUGCAUUUCAGGUCCUCAUGCUUACACAAUAAGCACUCUGUGCACUGGGAAAUAUCUCUAUCCCACAUCUAGAAACUAACAACACCUUAGUCUGUCCAGUGGAUGUUACUCAUAAGGGAGGAAGCUUUGAUUUAUAGCUAUAGGCAUUAAGAUGAUGGAAUCAUGUGCUUCUGAAAUAACCAGUCCAUGGAGGGAACUCACGGAACGCUCCUCAUUAUAUAUAAGAAACUGACUACUUUCGGGACUUUGGCCUCUUCUCUGUCAUUAAAGAAACAAUGAAAUAAUCUCUUCUUUAGUCUUGUAGGGGUGAGAACCCAAGAUUGCUUGGACCAUUGAUAUUUGUUUUACUCUGACUACUAACUACAGCUAACUGUCUAUAAUAAUAGAGCACAUUAGUCAUUGCGGCUAUUGAUACAUAUCAGGAUGUCACUGGAAUCCAAGAGAUAAUUCAAAUUUAGAUGUAUGAGACUAUUAACCUUGUCACAAAAACAAAACAAAACAAAAAACCAUGAAAGUUCUGUGAAUUGAAAUGGUUCUUCUCAUAUACAGCAUCAACCCAUGCAUUUUGGAAGUACCCAGGUGCCCACUGAGUGUGUUAGGACAUUAAGCAUUUUUCACAAACCCCUUAGGAGUGUCUCUUGGUCAUCUACAAGAAAGAACAACAGAGAUGUCCUCUGAGGGUUACUUACUGGGCAAGUUGUCCCUGUACAGUCCUGGAAGUCUGGAAGGUGAUACUUUGAUCCCACUCCAAAUCCUACUUUUUCUGUGACUCAGAGCAGAAUUAACAGAUUUUCCCUGUCUGUAUCACUGGUGACUGGCUUGGUAAGGGAGUCAACAUUUGUGUAGGUUCCAGAGAUCCUGAAUGAGAAGGUGCCCCCUCUGACUCCAAUAGGCUAUUCUCUGUUAUAGCAUCAAGGGCAGAUAACAUUGGUGAUCCCCACACUGGAGCAUGUAUUAGAAUCAUUUUGAGGACUUUAAACAUGGGUCUGGUGUAUAGCCAUGGACUCGCUUUUCUAACAUCUCCUCAUGUAAUGUACACAAGUUUUCCUUGGAAUCUGCAUUUCAUUUCUCCUUCAGCCAUAAAAUCAGACACAGGGAGGUCUAGCAGGUUCAAGGGAUUGUAUCAUGCACUAGAUUUGGGGCAAUUUGGAACAGUACAAACCUUGUAACAAUACCAGAGAACACCCAGUAGGUCCUUCUUCUUACAUGGAACACCAGUAAGUAUCCAGAGAGCACCCAGCACGUCCUUACAUGGAACGCCAGUGUUUCUUCAGACAUGGAGGGUGAAUUAUUACCCUAAAUGAAAGUACCCAAAUGACUCAGAUUGUCCU